AGCCUCAGUUGCUGACUGUUAAGUGCCCAGUGCAAAGCUCGACAACAAUAUCAUAAAGCACAGACAAGUAAAACGCUGUAAAAAGUUUACAAAAGUUGAACCACCUGUGAACAAACACCAUUAAACAACAACAACAACAACAACAAUAUUUUGCAACAAUUUACACAAACAACAAAAAUCAACAAUUAAAAUGUACGCGGAAAAAGUUUGUGUCGCAAUCGCGUUCCUCGCCUGCCUCGCCUGCAUUGCCGAAGCGGCUGUUUACACUCAGCCCGCGAUAAUCAAUCCUGCGCAUCCCGGCAAAUGCUACGACAAGCUGACCAGACGCUCCAUGCUCCCCAACAAGGAGUACAAGCCGAAGGGCAUCUGUGCCGCCAUGACGUGCGACAUUGAGGCGCGUCAGAUCAAUAUCGAGACCUGUCCCUACAUCGAGAUGCCCGGCUGCGAGGAGCUGCCCAGUGACCUCAACUGGAGCUUCCCCAAGUGCUGUCCGCAGUUCAAGUGCGUCGACUUCAAGACCGGCAAGGAGUUUGUCGUCUCCAUUUAGUUAAAGACUCCAGCAGGGAGAAAACAUUACACAUUUUUCUACAUGGGGCAAUUUGGGGUAUGGGGGUUGGGCCUGCUACAGACCUGAAACGUGAUUUUACAUGAAAUGUAUUCGUAGUUUUCUAGUUAUUUGACUGUGUGUGUGCGAGUGUUUCUUAGUUAGUAAGCUUGUUUGUUUGUUUUGUGUGAAUGAUUCAUUUAGAAGGCAUAAUUUAUUUAUUAUUCAAUUUUGUACAUAACAAAACAACUUGCAUAAUUUCUUUGUAAAACUCUUGAUGAUCUUUUAUCCAUGUUUCAUGUGUGAGCAUACGUAAUUAAUAUGAUUAACUUUUCCUCUCCUUUUUUGAUUAUUUCAAAAAGCACUGUAUGCGAUAUUUGCAAACGUGACUAACUGUAUAAAUGGUUUAGUUUCUUAGUUAUAAGCCACAACAAAAAACUCAAUAAUAAAAAAAAUUAAUAAUUAAAACAAA